AUGAAGUUCCUCGGCGUGGUGUUGGCCCUGACAGGCCUGCAAGUGGUGCGCACUGCAGCGCAGACUGUUCUCCGUGAGCACAUUUGGAGUACAGUAAUAUACUCUCGAUAUGGAGAUCGUACUCCAUAUAUCCUUCCAACAUCGAAUACUUUGACCCCACUAGGCGCUACGCAGAUGUACAGUGCAGGAACCAGAUUCCGAGAACGCUAUCUUGUGUCGGCACCCGGCAAUGGUAACACGGUCAUUCAGGGCAUCUCCCCUUUUCAGCUGGACAACGAUCAAGUCUCGGUUGUGUCACUGAAUGACCAAUUCAUCGUGGCUUCUGCUCAGGCCUUCAUGCAAGGCUUGUACCCGCCUCUAAUGGCCUCUUCUAACGCCACCUUCAUCAAUGGGCAGUCGCAACUCGCCAACGGAUCCAAUAUCCUUUCUCCUCUGGACGGGUAUCAGUACCCUCAAAUCAGCGCAGUAUCACCACUUGACCUCAACUCGAUUUGGCUGAUGGGCGCGAAUAACUGCCCUAUGUACUCUGCAUCCAGAAGCGACUAUUUCAAUUCGGCAUUCUAUGAUAAUCUCUUGGAGACGAAUCAGGAUUUCUACCGUAGCCUCCAGCCUGCGCUGCUCAACGGCAUCUUCGCCAACUCUAGCGUCAAUUAUCUCAAUGCGUACCUCAUCUUUGAUUAUCUGAACUACGGAUCCGUUCACAAUAGCAGCUUUCUCGAUGAUCUCUCCUUCGAGGAUCUGACACGAGCGAAGAUCCUUGCAGACAACUGGGUCUUGGCAACGUAUGGCAAUACCUCAGUCUCUGGCCUGACUGAAGGAGAUCGUAUUCGAGCCAUUGCCGGUCGAACGCUCGCCAACAAGAUCGUAUCGGCUCUGUAUGGGAACAUCAACACUGCCGGCACGCUUCACAAAAUGACGCUGUUGUUUGGUGGAUUUGAGCCCAUGGUUUCCUUCGCAGCUCUUGCCAGCCUUGCAUCGGAACAGAAUCCGCAAUUUCUUGGCAUCCCAGAAUAUGGUUCAAGCAUGGUCUUCGAGCUCUUUUCGUUGACCGAAAACGACACAGACAUCUACCCUGCAACGGCAGACCUCAAUGUCCGAUUCUUCUUCCAGAACAGCACCGACGAUACAUCUAAUUUGGUUGCAUAUCCACUCUUCGGGAACGGUCCUAGUGGAAUCAGCAUGACUUUGAGCGAAUUCGUAGCUGACAUGCAAAAAAUCAUGAUUUCGAGUGUCGGAGACUGGUGCCAGACGUGUGCCAGCGUUAGCAUCUUCUGCCCUGCGUUCCAAGCCGAUGCAGGCGAUGGGCGCAGUGGACCUACGCGCCCUAGAUCCAGAGGCGGCCUCCGUCCUGUGGUUGCUGGAGUUAUAGGAGCAGUCGUCACACUGGCUGUUGUUGGACUUCUUAUUACUGCUGCUGCGGUUUUCGGCGGAGCCCGUCUCUACCGACAAAGGAGCAAGAAGAGAUCUGAGCUCAAUGGCUUCAAAGGAGGUGAAAAGCUUGCCAGUGAUCAGGAUUUGACGAUUCCCAAAAGCGGUGCAAGUGCAUCCAUAGCUGUAGCCGGAGAAGGGCCAACUCGGGGCCAUGAGCGUGUCGGCAGCUGGGAACUUGGGGAUCAGAAAAAGGCAGAGGAGGCACAACAGCCUGGCCUGAACUCAUCUGCAACGGUGAUGAGGCGGCCAAGCUUUGAGGACGAUCUCCAUGUCAGCCCCUUUGCGGAUCCAGUCAAACCCAAUGAUCGGGUUUGA